AUGACGGUGCCUGGAGCUCAAUGUGUACGUCAUAUCUCUAUUGUGACGUCAGACAGGAUAUGGGUUCACAACGACCGUGACCAGCUAUUACAAAUAGACAAAAAUGGAAAGAUAUUACAUAAUAUUCCUAAAUUCUUCACAAUGAGUGGAUUUCAUCACACAACAGAGGAAGGAGACCUGUUAUUUGUUGAACAAAGUGAAUACACAGUAAAACGGAUUGCAAAAGACGGGGAAAUUACCACACUUUUUACGACAGAAUGGAAGCCAUAUUGUAUUCACUACUCUCGGAUAAAUGGGGAAAUACUUCUAGUUCAAUAUACAAGCAUAACAAAAGGGAAGUUUCUCAGUAAGGUCACGAGACACGACAGUACCGGCUGGACACAGGUCAUAGAGGAGGACAGGAAUGGACGGCGGGUGUAUGAAAACGUACCCCAAUACAUCACAGAGAACAGGAACGGGGACAUCUGGACGUCGUCAAGCUGGGGUCAAGUUGUAGUCGUGGACAGCUCAGGCCAGCAUCGGUUUAACUACACAGGUCAAAAGUUCCAGUCUCAUUUUAAGCCCAGUGGUAUCUGCACAGAUAGUUUUGGACAUGCAUUGGUGUGCAACUGUUGGUCUAAAGAUGCAAGUAUUCAUCUUCUUAAUGAAGAUGGUGGAUUCUUACGUCUGUUGAUGACGUCAGACGAUGGAUUUCGUCGUCCCUGUGCUCUGUGUUUGGAUGACAAACACAACCUCUUUCUUGGUCAGGAGACCAGUAAUAUUAUCACUGUGUACAAGUAUCUAAAGGUCACAAAAGAUUGA